AUGCCGCUCAGCGUGGCAGCUCCAGCUCCAGCUCCAGCUCUGGCUCAAAAGCCGAUUCCUACUCCCCGAGUCCUGCUCGCCCUGUUCCUGCUCACCUCCAAUCCCAAAGAGUUUCGAAACAAAGACAGUGGUGGUGCAAGCACAAAGAACAACCUAGUGUGGUGGAGAUCGAGUCUGCAGUCUAGGAUCUCCAGGAUCUCCAAUCUACAGUUGGAUCCCGCUGCUAGUUUGUCUGUCAGCGAGCUGUUCCAGCCGGAAACAGUGGAUGGGAGCCAGGAGGGCCGAGAUGGAGGCCACCAUAUGGCUGGAGCCCUGCAGGAGCGACCGCUGACAACACUGCGUAUGCUUAAUAUGCUCUAAUCCCUCCCGAAAGCGAAGUAAGUAAUCUGAGCUGGCAGCCGCGGGCGCGGACGCCGUUGCGGGUAAGUAUCCAGUAAAGAUGAUGGCUUAUAAAUACAAAUACAUCCAUAGCCGAGUACCAAUAUCUAUAAAGUCAUCGAUAGUUACUUUUUUCAACUUUCAAUGACAUGUGAAAACAUCAAAAUUGUUUCAAAAAAGCC